CCGAGGGGCCAGAGGUCAGAGGUCAUCAUGCAGACUAUAAAGUGUGUGGUUGUGGGUGACGGUGCUGUGGGGAAGACGUGUCUCCUUAUAUCCUACACCACCGGAGCGUUUCCCAAAGAGUACAUCCCCACUGUGUUCGACAACUACAGCAGCCAGGUGACACCACUGUGGAGUCACCAUGUAGCCGAGUUAGGCAACCAACCCGUGAAAGUUAGAACAAAGCGAGUCCAAACACGGGCCUCGAACUCGUGUCUACCCACACACGACAUCAUCGACGCCCAUGAUAAUGAUCAGCUCGCAGGCCGGCGAGGCCGCCUGCAGCAGCUGCUCCAAAAUAAUAAUGACCUUUGCUCUCAUCACCAGGUGUCCCACCACUGUCCCGGCGUUCCCAUCCUCCUGGUUGGCACAAAAAGCGACCUCAGGAACGACGCCGAGAUUCAGAGGAAGCUCAAGGAGCAGAACCAGGCGCCGGUCACCCACCAGCAGGGCGCCGCCCUCGCCCGCCAGAUCCAGGCCAUCCGCUACAUGGAGUGCUCGGCACUCAACCAGGAAGGCAUAAAGGAAGUGUUCACCGAGGCGGUGAGGGCGUACCUCAACCCGCAGCCCACCGUCACCAAGAAGCCCUGCGUCCUGCUGUAGGACCCGGAAACAGCGAGUUGGGCUGAUGUUCGUUUAAAAGCCUGAGAGACUGGACACAAAGUUUAUGUUAAAGAUUUUUGUGUUUGGUUAGAUUUUUAUCUUUUAAUUUGCAAAAAUGAAGUUUUGAAUUAAGGAGGAGUCGAGAGUUUAUCAGCCUUUGUUUUUUUUUCUGACGCACCGAUGAAGCGCCGGUCUGAAGUGCUGGCGGUCCGUGAGCGCUGCAGAACGUCUUUAAGGACCACCAACCACAAACACCAUCCUUAGCUCCAAAUUUGACAGACAUGCCUGCAGCUUAAAGCUGUCGUCACAUUCGUUUUCACUUUUCAGGCCCAAAUGUUUCCUCAGUUUCCCAAAAGCAAAGAAAUCUGCAUUAAAAUGAGGCUUAAAACGGGUCAUUGGGCGUGGAAGUGCUGGAGCAUUUACAAUAAAACACAUGGAAAUGUUUGAAAUUUUGUAAUAAAGUUUGAAAUCGCCAUCAAAUAUUUAUGAUUAAAGGAAAACAAUCAAAGUUAA